GAGUGAGUUUUUAAUUCUGCAACCAAGGAAUUAUUACCAGCAGGAGAAAGUGGCGCCAAGUCUUAAGGAUCUAUAAAACUAUCUAGUUGCAUUCGGAGUGACAGAAACAAGAUGUUUUGCAGCUGAAUUCCACACACAGAUGGGUGUAAUGAUGUGGAAAGACUAUCGCUCUCUCGGUUUUUGUGACUUCUGAGUCAGUCAUCUCCGGGAUGGGGAGACGAGCGGCUGACCUGACCACUCCAGUUUCCGUUUUGUGCUUCCCCGCCCUGGCUGGGGUGCGCGGCUGGAAAACAACAGGAGACAAGAGUCUACUGCAGACCUGGGGGCUUCAAUGCAGCGUCGGAGUUCAGACAUCUCCUGGGAUAAGCAAACCACUCACCCAUUUACCUGAAAUCCUCUCAGACAACAUUAGUCAAACAUUCAACAUCGCCAGGGAAACAAGAAGCGCCAAUGAGAUAAAGGCUAUCUUAAAACAGAAAGCUGUAGAAACCAAGAUCAAAAAAGAAGUGACUUUCAGAGCACCCGGAGGUAAGGCCUCACAGGAUGUGGCCUGCUGUCACGGCAACAGUGGUGGGACUUACUGCUAUGCCAGGGCAAUUAGGAGCAAUCCCAUCAUUGGAGGGACUGUAACCAGAGACAAGCCUAAAGUGAAGUCUGCCGUUCGGUAUAUCAAUGGCAGUGUGGUUGAUUCAGAGGCAAUCGGUGGAAUUAUCGAGGAAAACAAUGAAACAGAGAGAAGAAACCUUCAUGGAAAUUAUGCAGAUCAUUCUGGGGAGUCACUGGUAUUAUCUGCUGGACGACCUUUUGCACUGCCACCAAAAAUACACAAUGACUUUGGAGGGAGGCAGUCUGAAAUGGCCAGAGUUGCCAUUCAUGGGGUGAGCGGCCCUACUCCUGAUGCAUACCCUCAAGAGAAACCAUUAAAGUAUCCCCUAACCUCAUUCUCUGGCACUGCAAUUUACCAGGACCCUCAAAUAGAGAAAAAACUCAACACAAACUCACAAUUUUCUUUGAAAACCAGCAAUAUGACACAGGCUACAGUCAAUCAAGAGCUAAAUCUCUGUAAAACUCCUCACCCUGAGUGUCCUGUGCACUCUAAAGGGAAUCUAGCAAACCUUACAAAUGCCUCAGGUGUUCCAUCAUCCAUCCAACCAGCAAAUGUCCUCCAUCAGAGAGCCAUCACAGUCACAAAAGCUACAAUAGAAAGUAGACAGGAUGAUUCCAGCAUUAAACGUUCUGCUAAACCACCAGAGGAUCAUGGGAUCUCUCUCCAAACGAGUAUCACCUUGACUCCACAGGGAACCACCUCAGCCAAACCAAAUGACCUCCAUACUUCUGUCAAGGUUCUUAAAACAACAAACUGUAACUCUAGUCAAAACCCUCAAGAUAGUAGGAUUUCUGCUAAGGUCAUAGAAAAAGAACAAACAUCACAUAAAGUAACAUGGCUCAAAGCUACAAAUGAACCUAAGAGCCAACAAGUGGCCUUAAAACCAACCAAUACAAUCGGCAACAUUUCUCACUUUCAUCCACUAGAACCCAAAACUUCACAGCUUAUUUCUACUCCUCUACCAGAUAAACUCCAUCCCAUCUCCUCAAGUGAAGUGUUUUUUGGUGACACUGCAAAAAGGUCAUGUAAUUUAUUCUCUUUGGCUCAGCCACCAAAAACAACAGCAAAACAUUUGGAUCAAAGUGUGUGUAUGAGUACUAACCACAAGUUUUUGAAUGAACGUAGCUUAACUCGCUCCACUUCCUUAAACUCUGAAUCAACGCUUCACGUUUCUGCAUGCUCCCCAACCCCAUCACAAACUGCUUUACCUGAAAGUGUAGUUCUCAGCUCCACUAAUGCACACAAUGGGUUGUCAUACAGAAGUGCUUCACAAGUGUCUCGACUCACCAAAGAACCAAACGUCUCCCGCUUGACGGGUGAGGCAAAAGUAUUCACUCGCAGUGACACACACGAAGCUCAUCACACACAGGAUGCAAACACCAAAACUCAGGACAGUAAUGAAAGUGGAGUCAUCCCUGAUCAGCGAAGUGACUCAAAACAACCUCCACCACGAUUAUCUGAGCCACAAGAUGAGUCGGAAGAUCCCAAUGUGGGCAGUGAUGCAAUCAGCCACAGCGAGAAGACUCUAAUUACUCCCAACAAGAAACUGUAUUCUAAUAAAAACAAAUUAUGUGGUAAUCGAAUCAAUAACUUAGCGACGCAUGAGCCGGAAGAGCAUCAACAUUCAAAGCAUCCACAGGUCACUAACCCUCAGACUUUCAUUUCCCUAAUCAAGCCGAGCACCUCCUGUCUGCAGGGCUGUCUGAACACAGAACAACAAAGGCUUGAACAUUAUCAAGGAUGCACAGACACAAAUCACAAAGGACAAUGUGCAACAAGCUUGGCGGUAAAAACAUCCCAGCAAACAGAAUCAAAUAGACAACAGCUUGCCCUGGGUGUUUCAGCCUGGCAUGCAAGUAAAGAGACUCCGUCCAGUGCAGAUAGACAGACCCUUCCCAAUUACUCACCGCCUGCAGUCAAAGCUCAGAUUAACUGCAAACCUGUUGUCUCACUGACAAACACAAAGAUGCAAACCAGCGACGUGGGAAAUGAGCAUUCUUCUGCCUACAAUUGCUCAGAUUUAGAUGCUCCAGUAAAGACAGAAGUACACAAAAGUGUGGACUGUUCUGUUACUGCAACUCUCAUUGGAGAUCAUUCAACAGUUGGGUCGAUUGUGGGCUUGGAAACCAGUUCUGAAGUCCACUCUAGUACGGUGAAGGCAAGUCCAGCGUUUUCUCCCACUCCACUAGACUCUAAUGUGGCCCACGCUCAUCCAUCUAAUGCAGACCAGUUACUGCCACCCUCCACACAGAGCUGCAAAUCUGCAAUCCUGCAGCAGAAACUCGAGGCUGUGGAGGCCAGCUUGGAGGCCAACAAGGACCGGAUCAGUAUCCUGCUUAAUAUCAUCCAUGACCUGGAGAUGUGUCGUACCCCGUCCAGCUGUUGGCGUUGCCGUGACAGUGGACAGGACCUCAAAAUCUGUUCUACCUGUCAGAAGACUGCUUGUAUCAUGUACAGUGUGGAGUAUGACUUCAGGCAGCAGGAGAGACGCUUCCUGGAGAUUCUCAGCAACGCGGCAGCUGGCAACAAAGCCUCCUCUGUGCAUCCGUCCCAGCAUCCAAACUUUGAACUGCUCAGAAAAGUCCUCAUUAAGAACUUAACAAAGACAAAGCUGAAAAGCAAAAAGCUUUGCAAGAUGCUGCUCAAGUGGCUCCCGAGGAAAAUUCAGCAAGAUGGCUGUGCCUCAAACACCUGCACCCUGCAGAUAUGAGCAUGUCUUCACCAAAAAAACAAGCAGGGAAGCUUUGAACAUUACUUUUUUAUUCCUUUAUCUAAAAUUGAAUUUUAUCAACUCAUCUUGAUCAAAACUAAUUAAUUAUUAGUCUAGCUGGAGUUCCUAUAGCAGACAGAUAGAAAUCACUGUUUGUAAAUAUAUAAGAUAAUCAUAAAAAGGGUGUUUAAUAUGUGUUUCUGUAAAAACUGUGAAAACCUAUAAUGAAGUAUU